CCCUCGACCUUCUCAUGACGCACGCAUCCAUUCUGCUUCUUUACCUUCCUUUUUCAAGAUGCCUACUUUAGAUGUUAGCGAGUUGAAUAUUGUCGUCUCAGUGUUGGGUGCUUUCAUAGUGCUAUACGGCCUGGUCGCCGUCAAGGUAAAGGGCGUCUGGUAUCUUGGAGAAGCGCUGCCGGCAGUGCUCACGGGCAUGAUCUUGGGCCCUAUCGCGGCAAAGUUCUUGGACGCCGAGCGAUGGGGCUCAGCUAUUCCAGACCAGCAAGAUGGAAUUACGCUCGGGGUUAUGCGGGUGAUGAUUGGUAUUCAACUAGUCAUUGCUGGAUACCAACUACCGGCUAAGUAUCUCCUAUUACGAUAUAAGGAGUUGAUAGUCUGCCUCGUUCCCAUCAUGGCGAUGAUGUGGUUGGCGACUUCCGUCUGUGUUCUUGCGACUAUUCCCAAGGUAUCCCUAUUGGCCACCCUUGUGAUCGGGGCAUGUGUCACGUCCACAGAUCCAAUCCUCUCACAAGCCGUUGCGAAAGGUCCAUUUGCGGACAAGUAUGUGGCACGACCUCUUCGAGAGAUUAUUUCGGCGGAAGCCGGCGCCAAUGAUGGUUUUGCAUCACCUUUUCUCAUGCUUGCAGUGAACCUCCUACGUCUCACGGAGAAUCGACAAGCAACACUUGUGGAGCGUGGUCGAGGUGUUGGUGAUGAUACGAAAGAUGUUGGUAUUGCCUUGGGCAAUUGGGUUAUCGAAACCCUUAUUUAUAUCGUCACACUAGCAAUUGCGUAUGGCGCUGUUGUUGGUUUCUGCGCACGGAUGGGAGUUAGAUUUUCUCUAUCUCGACGAUGGAUCGAUACUGAGAGCUAUUUGCUGUUCCCUACAGCUCUAGGUCUUUUCAUUGUUGGAACCUGCGGAGCAAUCGGCACGAGUGAUCUUCUCGCCUGUUUCGUCGCAGGCUGCGCCUUGAAUUGGGACGGGGAGUUCCUAGCAGAAACAGAACGCCGCCACGACGAAGUCAAUUCAUGCAUAGACGUCAUGCUCAACUUUGGCGGCUUCAUGUAUCUCGGCAUUACCAUACCUUGGUCAGAAUUCCAUCAACCUGAUACGACUGGGAUCACCAUCUCUCGUCUAUUAGGUCUGGGUAUCCUCGUUCUCCUCUUUCGUCGAAUCCCCUCUCUGUUACUCACGUAUAAAAUGAUGCCCUCGGUAGUAAAAAACUGGAAGGAGGCGGUGUUCAUGGGAUAUUUCGGUCCCAUAGGCGUUGGUGCUAUAUAUUACCUCCAACACACUAGGCUACUCUUUCCUAAGGGGGACGAGGCCAGUAUAGGGGAGCGUGAAUUACUCGAUGCUAUGUGCCCAGUGGUAUAUUUUCUUGUACUUUUUUCCAUCAUAGUCCACGGCCUUUCUAUCCCGAUUUUGAGCGCUAUUUAUGGGUACUGUGGCGUUCGGACUAUCACCGAGGACGCAGUUGAGAUUAAACGGAGGAGUAUAUACGUGGCUACUCCGCCUAAUGCUUUCAGGGGCGAUCCAGAUACGUUCAUCGUAUAUAACCGAUUUUUCCGCCCACUUGUAAAUAUUGCGACACUUCCAAUCACACGCUCUCGGACUCGUAGUGAUAACGAUAGCGUCUCAACCAAAAGUGAGGAAGAGAAAAAGGGCCCUCGACUAGUAAACCUGAACAGGGUGGAGAGUACGCAAAGAUGAUAUCUUCUAGAGUUUUGUUAGAUAUCAAGAAGGGUCUCUUUAGGCGUUCACCACGGUUAUGAAAUCAUUGUUUUGCUGAAUGGAGCUUUGUCAGGCGAAUUUGUUUGAAUAUGCCCCCGAAUAUGGUGCGAUUGAUAUUUUUAAUUUGGUUUUAAUAACGAGGUACCUAGGUAUGUGAGGACAUACUA